AAGGUUUAUCUGCUCUUUGUUUCCAAAGACAUAAAAACACGUAGGUCUGUUCCAUCUUCAUAGUACCUACAUCUACAUGUGGUGCAAAACCCUAAAGAACAAAUACUCAUACUAUUUGCACAAGAACAUGAAAUACGUCCUCACGACUUCCAACAUUAAUAAAUAUGAAGCGCCCAUUGGCUGCCUUUAAAGUAGCCUCGGCCUCUCAGUACCACCGCGAACCGCGCGUAACCCCGCCCCUCCGUGCCAAUAAAAGACGCAAUCCUGGCCGAGGAAUCAGUCGCUCUGUGAUUGGUUAGGUAAAACCCAUUUAUUCCCUGACAGCCCUCGUCACAUGAAUGGUUGUCUAUUAACUUGUUCAAAAAGUAUCUGGAGUUGACAAGGCUCCUUCGAAGAGGAGGAAAAGUAGUUUGUUGUUUCUUAAAGACCAAGAGAAAAGUUUGUGUAUCCAUAAGAGGACCAGCCUGGUAGAGGGGAAAAAAAGUUGACCAUUAAUCUGAAGUUGCUGAGAGCAACAAGAAAUAGCAGCGAGCGGACUCUCGUUUGGGGUUUUUUUUGUUGGUGAAGCAGGUUACUAAAAAUUAGUCGCAAUGUAUAAUAUGAUGGAAACCGACCUGAAACCUCCUGCCCCACAAACAAACCCUGGGGUUACGGGGAACUCUAAUUCGUCUGGAAACAACCAGAAAAACAGCCCGGACCGAGUCAAGAGACCGAUGAACGCGUUUAUGGUUUGGUCGAGGGGGCAACGCAGAAAAAUGGCACAAGAGAACCCAAAAAUGCACAAUUCGGAAAUAAGCAAAAGGCUCGGGGCCGAAUGGAAACUUCUGUCCGAGAGCGAAAAGCGACCUUUCAUCGAUGAGGCGAAGCGUCUGAGAGCUCUGCAUAUGAAGGAACAUCCGGAUUACAAAUACAGACCGAGGCGGAAAACCAAAACGCUGAUGAAAAAGGACAAGUACACGCUGCCAGGUGGGCUUCUUGCGCCCGGCGGUAAUGCUAUGAGCGCCGGGGUGGGGGCUGGUCUGGGCACGGGGGUUAACCAGAGAAUGGACAGCUACGCGCACAUGAACGGCUGGACCAACGGGGGCUAUGGCAUGAUGCAGGAGCAACUUGGCUACCCGCAGCACCCUGGUUUAAAUGCUCACAACACGGCGCAGAUGCAGAGCAUGCAUCGCUACGACAUGAGCGCGCUUCAGUACACCUCUAUGACCAGCUCGCAGACCUACAUGAACGGAUCUCCCACGUACAGCAUGUCAUAUUCUCAGCAGAACACCCCGGGAAUGACACUUGGUUCUAUGGGUUCGGUGGUGAAGUCGGAAUCCAGCUCCAGUCCGCCCGUGGUAACUUCCUCGUCUCAUUCAAGGGCUGCUCCAUGUCAGACCGGAGACCUUCGGGAUAUGAUCAGCAUGUACUUACCAGGGGCUGAGGUACCAGAACAAACUGCCCAAGGCAGACUUCACAUGCCCCAGCAUUACCAGACCGCACCAGUACCCGGCACGACGAUUAAUGGCACACUACCAUUGUCACACUUGUAAAUGAACUUUUCUCUCAGAAACGUGACUAUUUUUGUACAGAACACUUUUGGAGAGGGAAGAGUUUAUAGAACCGAAGGAAAGACCAUAAACUUAUUUUCUUUCCUUUUUAAAGAAAUGCUCUGGUGGAACGAAAGAAUUGUUUUUCAAAGGGAUACCAUAUUUUAAACGGAGAGCCCCUCUUUGUUGUUUUAAUAUCAAGUAACUUUUGUACAGUAUUUAUCAAAGACUCCACAAUCAGAACGAUUGUGAACUAUGAGUAACUAUAAUUGUUACCUUUUAUUAGAAACAUUUCUGCGAAUGAGAUGCAAUGAAGUGGCAGAGUACACAUAUGAGUGGAGUGGCUGAUAACGCACAGCAGAAAAAGGGAAAAAAAAGCGAUAUAAACCGGUAAAAAGGUUUCUCCUUGAAGGUACAUAGUGUACUAAACCUUUUUAGUUUUGUAA